AUGGCGCGGGUGCUGGUCGUGGGCGCCGGGCUGACCGGAAGCGUGUGCGCCGCUCUCCUGAAGCGGGAGGCGACCCGGCCUUUGCAGCUCUCCGUGUGGGACCAGGCUGAGGACUCAGGGGGAAGAAUGACUACAAUUAAGAGCCCGCAUAACCCACAGUGCACGGCUGACUUGGGUGCCCAGUACAUCACCUGCACUCCUUAUUAUGCCAAAGUACACCAGAGUUUUUAUGAUGAGCUGUUAACUCAUGGGGUCCUGACGCCUCUGACUUCUGCUAUCAAAGGGAUGGUGGUGAAAGAUGGAAAUGCGAACUUUGUGGCACCCCAAGGAGUUUCUUCAAUCGUUAAGCAUUACUUACAAGAAUCAGGUGCAGAAGUCUACUUCAAACACUGUGUAACCCAGAUCAACCUAAGAAAUGAAAAGUGGGCGGUCUCCAGGGAAACAGGCUCCCCUGAGCUGUUUGAUCUUGUUGUCCUGACUAUGCCAGCUCCUCAGAUUCUGCAGCUUCAAGGUGACAUCCAGAACGUAAUUAGCGAACGUCAAAGGCAGCAACUGGAAUCCGUGAGCUACUCCUCUCGAUACGCACUGGGCCUCUUUUAUGAAGCUGGCUCGAAGAUUGAUGUCCCUUGGGCUGGGCAGUACAUCACCAGUAAUCCGUGCAUAUGCUUCAUCUCCAUUGAUAAUAAGAAGCGCAAUAUAGAGUCGUCAGACACUGGGCUUUCCCUUGUAGCGCAUACCACCGUCCCAUUUGGAGUCACAUACUUGGAACAUAGCACUGAGGACGUGAAGGAGUUAAUCUUCAGGCAACUGGAAGACGUUUUGCCAGAUUUGCCUCAGCCAGUUGGGACAAAAUGCCAGAGAUGGAGAUAUUCACAGGUCACAAAUGCUGCUGCCAGCUGCCCCGGCCAAAUGACUCUGCAUCACAAGCCUUUCCUAGUAUGUGCAGGAGAUGGGUUCACUCAGUCCAACUUCGACGGCUGCGUAACUUCUGCCCUUUGUGUUUUGGAAGCUGUCAAGAGCCUCAUUUAGUAGCAGAAUCCUUGUUCUCUACCUGUCCCUUGGGGGUUUGUGUUCACAAUAUUCUGCUAUUACAUAGUUGGCUUUCUAUUUUGUUGAGAGAAAAUUCUGGAAAAUUGUUCUUCACUUAUUGUCAUUUUUCAUUUGGAAUGUAAAAUAAAGUAUGUAAUAUCAAUAGUUACAGCCUAUGCUAGAAUAAAAAUCCUUGUACCUUAUACCUUUCAACACUGUCUGAAUUACCAUGACUAUACUUUAUUGGAGGAAAAGUAGUGCUUAAGAAUAACAAAUGAUCCUUCAAAAAUUAUAUCACAUUAAAGUAAAAGUUCAUGUUCCAAAGCUUUUAUUAGUCUGUUGAAAAUUUAAUUCCAAAUAAAGGAUAAUUACUAUCAAAACCUCAUUGUAGACCUUCAAAUAUGUCCUUGAAUCACUAUUUUUGCAAAUUACUGAACUAGAAGAUUCCUGCAAACCAUGGCUUACAGUACAAUUUGCCUUCUCAUUUCCCUCCCAAGUUAUUAAACGAGCCUGAAUCGGAGGCCAACUUCAUCAUCAUCUCUAGAAUCGAGGUUUGGAGGACAACUUGACUGACAAGGAAGCCUCUUCAGAUGUUCAGACAAUAACCAUAUUCAAAAAAGAAAAGAAAAGAACUAUAUUCAACUUGACUUUUUAAAUUACACAGUACUUUUUAACCUUUAAGAAUCUCAUAUUAAUAUAAAAGAGAAAAAGUAAAUAGAAAAUAAAUCUAUCUUUCUCCUUUU